AUGCUAACUCCUCUCCUCUUCUCGUUUCUCCUCUUCCUUACCCCUAUGAGAGUGAGGCCCCAGGAACAGCGGUUGGUGAAGGUAGAAGAGGGAAGUGAUGCUGUGCUGCAGUGCCUUAAGGGUCCCUCAGAUUGUCCCCCAGAGCAGCUGACCUGGUAUCGGGGGUCCCAGUCAGCACCCUUCUUAGACCUCAGCCUGGGGUUACCAGACCUGGGCAUCUACAUGGGGACCCUGGGCAUCCUGACAUUCAUCUUCAACAUCUCUGAUCAGAUGGGGGGCUUCUACCUGUGCCAGACGUGGCCCCCCUCUGAGAAGGCUGGGCAUCCUGGCUGGACAGUCAGUGUGGAGGACAGUGGGGAGCUGUUUCGGUGGAAUGCUUCAGACCUAGGCUGUAGCCUGGGAAACAGGUCCUCAGAGGACCCCAGGCCCUCUUCUGGUCACCCCACCAGCUCCCAGGUGUAUGUAUGGGCCAAUGAUCACCCUGAGGUCUGGAAGGGAAGGCACAUGUGUGUUCCACCUAGGCAAAAUCUGAGCCAGAGCCUCAGCCAAGACCUCACCAUGGCCUCUGGCUCUACACUCUGGCUGUCUUGUGGGGUACCCCCUGACACUGUGGCCAGAGGCCACAUCUCCUGGACACAUGUGCACCCCAAGAAGACUAACUUCCCACUGAUGAGCCUAAACCUGACUGAGGGUCAUCCAGCCAGAGAGAUGUGGGUCCUGGGGACUGGUCUAUUGUUGCCCCAGGCCACAGCUCAAGAUGCUGGCACCUAUUAUUGUCGCUGUGGUAACCGGACCAUCUCAAUGCACCUGGAGGUCACUGCCCGGCCAGUACUAUGGCACUGGCUGCUGAGAACUGGUGGCUGGAAGGUCCCAGCUGUGACUUUGAUUUAUCUCAUCUUCUGCCUGGUUUCCCUUGUGGGCUUUCUUCAACUUCAAAGAACCCUGAUCCUGAGGAGGAAAAGAAAGCGAAUGACUGACCCCACCAGGAGGUUCUUCAAAGUGACACCUCCCCCAGGAAGCGGGCCCCAGAACCAGUACGGGAACGUACUGUUCCUUCCCACGCCCACCACCGGCAUGGGACGCGCCCAGCGUUGGGCAGCAGGCCUGGGGGGCGCAUCCCGGUCCCACGGAAACCCACGCAGCGAUGUCCAGGAGGCUAGAGCCGCGGGGUCCCGGAGCCCGCCCAGAGCCGGCCCAGGACCAGAGGAAGGGGAGGGUUUUGAGGAACCAGACAGCAAGGAGGGCUCCGAGUUGUACGAGAAUGACUCCAAUCCUGGGCAGGACCAGCUCUCCCAGGAUGGCAGCGGCUAUGAGAACCCUGAGGAUGGGCCCUUGAGUCCUGAGGAUGAAGACUCCUUCUCCAACGCUGAGUCUUAUGAGAAUGAGGAUGAAGAGCUAGCCCAGCCAGUCACCAGGACAAUGGACUUCCUGAGCCCCCAUGGGUCUGUGUGGGAUCACAGCCGGGAAGCAACCUCUCUUGCAGGGUCCCAGUCCUAUGAAGAUAUGAGAGGGAUCCUUUAUGCAGCCCCACAGCUCCACUCCAUCCGGGGUCAGCUUGGUCCUGAUCACGAAGAAGAUGCAGAUUCUUAUGAGAACAUGGAUAAUCCUGAUGGGCCACAGCCAGCAUGGGAAGAUGGGGGCCACAUGGGGACCUGGAGCACCAGGUGA